CUCUUCGUCUAGCGCCCGCGCGGAAGGAACGAGGCCUCUGAGGGGAGCGGCGACUCCGCCGGCCCCGGUCUCUUUCCCUGGCGGAGGCGGUGGCUUCUUCCGUGGGACAAUAUGUUCAAGAGAAUGGCCGAAUUUGGGCCUGACUCCGGCGGGAGAGUGAAGGGGGUUACUAUUGUUAAACCAAUAGUUUAUGGUAAUGUUGCUCGAUACUUUGGAAAGAAAAGAGAAGAAGAUGGACACACUCAUCAGUGGACAGUAUAUGUAAAACCAUAUAGAAAUGAGGAUAUGUCAGCAUAUGUGAAGAAAAUCCAGUUUAAAUUACAUGAAAGCUAUGGCAAUCCUUUAAGAGUUGUUACUAAGCCUCCAUAUGAAAUUACUGAAACAGGAUGGGGUGAAUUUGAAAUAAUCAUCAAAAUAUUUUUCAUUGACCCUAAUGAAAGACCUGUAACCCUGUAUCAUUUAUUAAAGCUGUUUCAAUCAGAUACUAAUGCAAUGCUGGGGAAAAAAACAGUGGUUUCAGAGUUUUAUGAUGAAAUGAUAUUUCAAGACCCAACAGCAAUGAUGCAGCAAUUAUUAACAACAUCUCGUCAACUUACAUUAGGAGCCUAUAAGCAUGAAACAGAAUUUGCAGAACUUGAAGUGAAAACCAGAGAAAAAUUAGAAGCUGCCAAGAAAAAAACAAGCUUUGAAAUUGCAGAGCUUAAAGAGAGAUUAAAAGCAAGUCGUGAAACUAUAAAUUGUUUAAAAAAUGAAAUCAGAAAGCUUGAAGAAGAUGAUCAGACAAAAGAGAUAUGAACAGUUCUGAAGAGAACUUGAUAAUAAGCUAGACUGAAAAAAAGUGGACCUUAACAGUGAAAUGGACUUAAUGUAAGUGCUGUUAUGUUUCUUAGAGGAACUGCUUAUAUAGUUGUUGACCGUGGAUAUCUCAGCAAUGACUCAAGGUAUUUGUCCUAUUCAAGCCAUCUUUAAUGUGAAACAUAUGUGUGUAAUAAGAAUGGAUGCUGUAUGGGCAUUUUACCAGCCCAUUUUAGGGUAAUCCUAUGAUGUUAAGCACAAUUUUGAAAAUUUUUUUAUUGCAUUGUAUUUACAGCUUAUUCUUUUAAUGGAUUUAAAUUUUUUAUGUCAAGUAUAACUUGUACAACAUUUGUACUUUUCCAGUUAAAACUAGUGCUAAAAUUGAUGUGUAUAUUUCUUGAAGUCCUUACCUGUCCAUUUCCUGCCUGUUUUACAUAUGAUGUGCCCAGUAAGUGCUUAGUAAAUGUAGUUUAUGGAUCCU